AUGAUGAAAAUUGUGUUAGCACUAUCUGUUGGCGUUUUGGCAGUCGUUGUUGCACAGAAUGAUUCGUUCGACUUGGUGGAUGCUAACAAUGACGGCAAGUUGUCAGAGAAGGAACUGAACGUUUUCAUGAGGAAGAGAGGACGACCAGAUGGGAAAGAAUACUUCCAACGCUUCGACCUAGACAGAAAUGGACACCUCGACAUUUCUGAAUUCGUGCCACUUGUUUAUGAGAUGAGCCGCCGUCCAGUCGACAUGGACUAUCAAUUCUUCAAGAAAAUGGAUUUGAACGAUGACGGAAUCGUUGACAAGGCAGAGGUUGAGAAGAUUCGUAAGGAUAACAAUGAUAGAAUUAUCGAUGGAAUCUUGUCGAUUGCUGAUGUCAACCAAGACGGACAGUUGACUUACGAGGAGUUUAAGAGUCAUUUGUCUCAGGGAUCAAAGUUGAAUGCGGCUGAUGAGCAGAGAAAUCAUGCACUUCAAUUGUUGUCUUUCAUCGAUUCAAAUGGGGAUAAUCGGUUGGAUCAGUUGGAGUUGUACAACUUCUCCCAGAAGACUUCUACUAAUAAGGUCACCAAAUCGGACGUCCAACAAAUCUUCGCGAUGCUCGACAAGAACCAAGACGGAUAUUUGCAAGAGAACGAGUUGAUCCAUCUGGCACAACAAUUCUCAACAAUUGGAAAUGUCCGCUCGACUAUUCCAAAGGUUUAG